UUCAGCCUUUCCGCCAAUGAGAGCCCGGCUGCCGCUCAGUCCCGGUCCAAUGAGAGCAGCGGGGUCUGGGCUCGGAUCGAGAGUUGGGUUGUUCAAUCUGUGAGGAGGACAACAACCAGCUCUGAGUGUACCGGAUGGAUGGAUGUUGGCGAUGAAUGUAGCUGUUGGUGCCGGUGGUGACAGCGGACAUGGAAAAUGCAUGUUGCUGAUGAGUUCUCUUCAGAUGUGAUGUAUUGUCUCAAACCUGAUCAAGUUUACAGUAGAAUGAGCUGCAGCUUGGUUACAGGACGUGUGUCCUAUCACUGAGGCCACAUGUGUAUCUGGAGAGAUGGAUCGUUGUAAACACGUGGGUCGCCUUCGUCUCGGCCAUGACCAUUCCAUCCUCAAUCCACAAAAAUGGCGCUGCGUCGACUGCAGCACCACUGAUUCAGUGUGGGCCUGCCUCAAGUGCUCCCACGUGGCCUGUGGACGUUUCAUGGAGGAGCACUCGCUCAAACACUUUCAGGAGUCACAACACCCACUGGCUAUGGAGGUGCGUGAGCUGGAUGUCUUCUGUUUUGCCUGUGGAGACUAUGUACUCAAUGAUAACGCAGAGGGAGACCUCAAACUCCUGAGAGGGGCGCUCUCUACUGUUCGCAGCCCAGGUAGACGCUCACUACGCUCCUCGACUGGGGAAGGGGGGCCACAGCCCGCCAUGCAGCUGGCCUUGCGUCACAGGAGGAAAGCACUUCUAGGGAAGAUGCUUCAGAUGUGGAUCAACAAACAUCAGGAGCUGCAGAAUCAGCGUGAAGAGAAACUUGAGGAAGCUAGAAGACAAAAAAAAGAGGUAAAACGGAGACUCAUGGAAGAGCUUGGCAAUGUCCCUCCCAGAAAGAGUGCUAGGCUUCUUACUCAGGCGCCACGUUCUACCAUCACACUCAUUCCUCGCAAAUUCCGCGACCCUCCAGAACGCCUACCUCCUCCUCCCAAGAAGCCUUCUCUUCUAACCCUGUCCCGUAAGGCUCCUCAGAAUGGCAGAGCUGCUAAACUGAGGAGGUACUACUCAACACACACAGUAACCCGCCGGAGACUCGCUCCAGGUGUCACUGGUCUGCGCAACUUGGGGAACACAUGCUACAUGAACUCAAUAUUGCAAGUGCUGAGCCACCUGCAGAAAUUCAGGGAGUGUUUUCUCACUUUGGACCUGUGCGAGACUGAGGAGCUGCUGGCCAAGACCAAUCACUCCCAGGGCGUGAAGGGUGUGACAGGAGGUGUAGUCAGCAGUGGUAACACAGCACUGUCAGGAUACCCUCUUGGACGCAUGGGGAAGGCAGGCUGCUGGAAUUUGCCCGAGGGCAAAAAAGAAAGUGUGCCACCUUCCCCACAGGCUGCGGAGUUGGUCCAGCCCAAGGAGCCUCGCUGCUCCACCCGCCAGCAGAUGUCUCUGUGCCAUGAGUUACAUACACUUUUCAGGGUCAUGUGGUCAGGCCGGUGGUCUUUAGUGUCUCCCUUUGCCAUGCUGCACUCUGUGUGGAACCUCAUUCCAGCUUUCCGUGGAUACGACCAACAGGACGCCCAGGAGUUCUUGUGCGAGCUGCUGGACAAGGUGCAGCAGGAGCUGGACACAGAGGGGUCCAAACGCAGGAUAGUUAUCCCCAUCACAAAGAGAAAACUAUCCAAGCAAGUGCUAAAGGUUCUUAACACCAUCUUUCAUGGGCAGCUACUCAGCCAGGUGACGUGUCUGUCCUGUAAGCACAAGUCUAACACAGUUGAGCCAUUCUGGGAUUUGUCUUUGGAGUUUCCAGAGCGAUACCACAGCAUAGACAAAGGCUCAGGCUCUACAGCUUACCAGCGCAGCUGCACCCUCACUGAGAUGCUGUCCAAGUUUACAGAGAUGGAGGCUCUUGAAGGAAGCAUCUACGCCUGUAACCACUGCAACAAAAGAAGACGGAAAUCAUCCCACAAACCCUUAGUUCUGUCAGAGGCACGUAAGCAGCUUCUGAUAUACCGUUUACCUCAGGUUCUACGGCUGCACCUCAAACGCUUCAGAUGGUCGGGGCGGAACCAUAGGGAGAAAAUCGGCGUCCAUGUGGCCUUCGACCAAGUUUUGAACAUCAAACCAUACUGCUGCACAGGCUCAGGUCACUCUGUCCACAGAGGAGGCUACACCUACGAUCUGUCUGCUGUAGUGAUGCAUCACGGUAAAGGCUUCGGCUCAGGGCACUACACCGCAUACUGCUACAAUACAGAAGGAGGUUUCUGGGUCCACUGUAAUGACUCUGAGAUGAAGGUUUGCAGUGUGGAGGAAGUGUGCAACACUCAGGCCUAUAUUCUCUUCUAUACCCAGAGGUCUGCCUAGGUACCUCUCGCUGUGAUGUCGACCUGUGCGUGGCAACUAAAGGCUGCAUUUAUGAAAAUGUUCGCUGAUGUUUUCCCAGAUGUCAUUUAAACAAUCACUUGAAAAUGAUUUACUAAAAAAAGAUGGCAAUGAGGGCAGCAGGACAGCCACAAUCAUGAGUCAAGGUGAACAUUUUAGUAACAUAAUCCAGAUGACAAAGACGAUCAUAAUGGUAUACACACUGUCACCUAGCCAGGAAAAUGAUUGGUGAAUUUGAAUUAAAAUAUUCUAAUGGACAUCUUUGGAUUAUGUUUGAUUUUUAACAAAAACAAAAAUACAUCAAAAACCUUUUCAUAAAUGAGGCCGCAGGUUUCUCAACCUGUGGGACCAGCAUUUUGGUUAAUGGCCUGAAGACUGUGGCAGCAGGUCCGACUAUGUCCUGCUGAACACCAAGUUGUGUGUCUGUGUUUUUUUUAAAACAAUCGGGCUCAUGUCUGUUGAGUCUGGAACCUACCAGGCGCUCUCCUGAGACAGCAUUUUACAUUCAAGUGCAACACGGAUUCUGGAUUCUGGACAAUAAUGUUGUUCAUGUGCGUUUUAUAUACAACUAAAUUUGAUGCCAAUGCACUAAAUAUAAGAAGUACAUAUCUCAACAACAUUGUAUAGUUCCACUAGAUGAAAGGAAUCCUAGUGACAGAAGUCCAGAUUCUGUGUUGCCUCCUGUUGCUUUCUUAAUUAUUGUGAAAUGUCACUUCUGGAAACUUUUAAUACUCAUCCCUGUGUCAUUUGUGUUUCAUCAUGUCCUCUCCUCAAGUGUACUGCUGUGACUGGAUACUGUGUCCUGCGCUCUCAGUGAACAGGAAUAGUUUUGUUUUUUGUUUAUUUUGUAGUCAUUCUAUUUUUCACUUCCAUGAAAAGAAGCAAAAAGUACGAGUUUCAGACACACGAUUGAUGAUGAGUGAUGGAAAGCUGCACUUUUGAGGAGGGGCUACUAUUGUUGGUCCUAUCUUUGUGAUUGUUUAUCUUUAAGCUCCUGUAAUUUUAAAUGGCACCUCCUCCUGUGGUGUAACGGUGACAUAAGUCUUACCCCGGGUCGGAGACGCUGCACCUGUGUUUAAACUGCAGGAGAUGGAAAAAUGAGCGAAAGGGCAGACUGUGAUACUUAAGAAUGUUGUUUCUGGGAGACUUGGGGUACCCAUUUUGAGUUGAGCACCUGAAAGCAAUAUAUUGUACAUCUUGCAUCUUGACAGGAAAUUAAGAUAAAAUCAGGAAUUCUUCUGCUUGUUAUACAAUGUUUUUUUCUACUCUGCUGUUUCUAUCAAGGUCUUUAGAAUUUGCUAGGUAAUCAAGAAAAAUUUGUGUUUGAUAUGAGUCAAAUGCAAAAUACAUUUGUGAACUCUGUAAAAGUUGGAACAAUCUAAUGACGAUGAAUGUCUUACUUUUUAGUGGUCAGGUGUGGCCAUGCCACUGGCUCUGAUCCCGUUGAGUUCUGUCUUGUACUGUAAGAAUACCUGUCAUAAAUGUAAUGGUCACAUGGGUUUUGCCUGACAGUAAUUAUUAAAAAGACAAAGCAAAUUUGAAAAAAA